AUGAGCUCCAAAGAAACACUCAAAAACGAAUCGUCGGAAGACGAUCAUCAAAUAAUCACAAAUUCCUCCUCAAAUUCAACUCCACCGCCAUCAAAGAGUGAUCUGAAAAUAUCAAGUCCUUCAUCACCUAAUGAUGGAGUCAAGGUUGAAAGGGUUUCCGAAGCAAAAAAUCAAGGCAUGAUUGUACCAUGUGAAUUUGUCGUAUAUGCUACACUGUUUUUUGGAGAUUUCAGUCGAGUUGUUGUCGGUGGAGGAGGAGGACAUGGAAUUCCAAACAAAAUUAUGGUAAUGAAAUUCAAUUAUGAAGAGAAUGGAGAUAAGGCACUAACAGUAGAAUGUGACCACAGCACUGAAAGUGAUGUUGUUUGGAACUUAAAGUACGAGAUGGUAAAUGAUACUCCAUUCAUUGUAUUCACUUCGCUCGAUAAAUUACAGUUACUGAGAUAUGAUUUUAAAGAAAAGAAUUUCACAGUAUUGGACUCGAAGCCAUUAUUUAGCAGCAGUGAAGAGUUAGGAAAGAAGAUUUGCGAUAUCAAUUCUAAUGGUUUUGUUGUUGCAAAUGAUGACUAUAAUUCUCUUCAUGUGUUUCAUAUAGAGAACAACCGAUUAGAACCUGUGUAUGAAAUGAAAAAUGUGACUAAAAAGAAUAUGAGUGAUUUAACAUUGGCUAAUGACUCGAAUAAUACUCUUGGAAUUGUUUCAGAAGACAAAACUAUACGAGUUUUUAGAAUGAACAAGGAGAAGCAAUACGAAGAAGUUUUUUCAAGUUCAAUUCCAAAUAUUACACAGUAUCCAAAGCAGGAUGUGAAGCAUUGCUUGUUUCCCAAGAAUUACAGCUCAAGUGAACUACUUUUCUACACAUUGCAUACAUCUAGAUCAAGUCCAACUUUUGUGUCGUGUUUUAAGGUGAAUGAUGGUGCGGUCACACUACAUUCAACCAGAGAAUUCAUGAAAAGACCUGCGACUGCAUUUUCAGUACUGAUAGGAGACGAUGGCAAGGAGUAUAUUUCAUUUGGAGUGGAUGGAGGCAUCCAUUUGUACAAAGAAGGGAAGCAUAUUGGGAAAAAGCUGAACAUUCACAGCGAAGCCAUCACCUGCAUUGACAUUUGCAAAGAUCCUUAUCAAAAACAAAAGGGCACUGGUCUCAAAAAGAAAAAACAACAUGUCCAUGUAUGCAGCGGGGCUAUCGACCGUUCAAUUUCUGUGCAACAUUUGAACGCCAACAAAAAGAUUUCUACUUCCAUUUUGACCUACCUUCUCUACGUGUUAGCACUUGUAGUCCUGAUUUUGGCCAUUCUUUAUGUAAAGUUAAAGUAA